AUGGCGAAUGAUCCGUCGACAGCCGUUUGCUUUUCUGAUAAAGAAACUGUGGACAAGUCGGAACAGUUGCCUAUGAAAACUUAUUUCGCCGACAAACUUUCCGAUGCGCCCGAAUCGUUCUAUGAGAAAAUUAUGGUUUCGGCAACUGAUGUCAACAAGCUGGACCGCGUGCUCGAUGCUGUGUUUCGGUCGGCUAAAGAUGGCGGCCGCAUUUCUGUGAAUUGCACCGGCAAUGAUGCCGAGGCGGUUGCUCGGAAGCUGAGGAUGGCUGGGUUUGCAUCGGUCACUGCUUCUUACGAUAAUCAGGCCGAUAAGAUUUCUGCGUCCGCUGAGAAGCCGGAUUUUAGCCGUCAAGUGUCGUUGAAUUUGGACGCCGCGGCGGCUGCUGGCAACAAUUUCUUGGUUGAUGAAGACGACCUAUUGGAGGAUGAACCAUUCCAAAAGCCAACAGCUGAAAGCUUAAAGGCAUCGUGCGGCCCCGCUGAUGGUGAGAAAAAGAAGCGAGCUUGCAAGAACUGCACGUGUGGAUUGGCCGAUGAAGAAGAAGCCGAGCGGGUUGAAGCAAGCAAGUCGAACAAGGGCUGUGGUUCGUGCGCUCUCGGCGACGCAUUCCGAUGUGCCACUUGCCCCUACCUCGGGAUGCCACCAUUCAAACCUGGCGAAACCGUCAAACUACAGAAUGUCGAUGACUUC